AGAGAGCCAAGAGACAGAGAAGAGGAGAGACGUGGAGUGCCAAGCUCCUCCGCCGGCUCCAGGCUGUGUUGUUGUUGUUAUUGUUUGAGGGGGUCAAGAUGAGCAGCCCCUGCCUGCUGCGUGCUGCCCCGAUAAGCCAGCCCCGGCUCAGAGAGGUCAAGAUCAGCUUGAAGGCCAGCAGCAGGGAGACCACAGCCAUCCGGAGCAGCAGCAGCGGCGGAGGUGCCAAGGAGGCUGCCAGCCGCCCUUAUGCCCCUGCAGAGAAGGAGGUCCCUGUUCGGGUCGGCAUGAGCAGCAGUCGUAGCAGGAGCACCCCGGCGGUCCACCGGGCCCAGAGAGCUGAAAGCAGGAAGACGGCGAGGGGAAGCAGCAGCAGCAGCAGCUGUAAGCAGCAAGAGCCUGAACACCACCCGGAGAGGAACGGCACUCUCCUGCACGUCCCGCUCGCCAUGACGCCCACGGGUCUCUCCCCCUUCUCUUCCUCGUCUUCCUCAUCCUCCUCCUGCACCCCGAGACGUCAGCGGGCCUCCAACCCUAACCCUCCCACCUCCGCCCUCCUCUCCUCCUCCUCAUCCUCCUCGGGUAAAAGUAUGAAGCGGGCGCGCUGGCUGAGUUACAGCACCUCCAACAUCUGUUUCAACUCCAUCCUGGAUGGACGCUUCAGGCAGCUGCAAGACGAGCGUGAGGCGGUUCAGAAGAAGACCUUCACCAAAUGGGUCAACUCAAUCCUGUCCCGGGUCGGCUGUCGCAUCUCUGACCUCUAUCUGGACCUGCGAGACGGACGCAUGCUCAUUAAACUGCUGGAGGUGCUGUCCGGCGAACGACUGCCAAAACCCACCAAAGGCCGAAUGCGUAUCCACUGUUUGGAGAAUGUGGACAAGGCUCUGCAGUUCCUCAAAGAGCAGAGGGUCCACCUGGAGAACAUGGGUUCACACGACAUCGUCGACGGCAACCAUCGCCUCAUCCUCGGCCUCAUCUGGACCAUCAUCCUUCGCUUCCAGAUCCAGGACAUUAUUGUGGAAACGGGCCAGGCGGACCAGAAGGAGACACGUUCAGCCAAGGAUGCUCUGCUUCUGUGGUGUCAGAUGAAAACUGCAGGGUAUCCCAAUGUCAACAUCACAAACUUCACCACCAGCUGGAAAGACGGCAUGGCCUUCAACGCUCUCAUACACAAACACCGGCCAGAUCUGGUGGAGUAUAACAAUCUGAAGAGGUCCAACCCGACCCACAACCUCCAGAACGCCUUUAACGUAGCAGAGCAGAAGCUCGGCGUGACCAAACUGUUAGACCCAGAAGAUGUGUUCACGGAGAACCCAGAUGAGAAGUCCAUCAUCACAUACGUCGUGGCAUUUUACCACUACUUCUCGAAGAUGAAGCAGCUCGCCGUCGAGGGCAAGAGAGUCGGAAAGGUUCUGGAUCACGCCAUCGAGACAGAGAAGAUGAUUGAUAAGUACGAGACACUGGCGUCAGACCUGCUGACGUGGAUCGAGCAGACCAUUAUCGUGCUGAACAACCGGAAACUUGCCAACUCUCUGACUGGAGUUCAGCAGCAGCUUCAGGCCUUCAACACCUACCGCACCGUAGAGAAGCCGCCCAAGUUCCAGGAGAAGGGAAACCUCGAGGUGCUGCUGUUCACCAUCCAGAGUCGUAUGAGGGCCAACAACCAGAGAGUCUACACGCCUAAAGAGGGAGCCCUGGUCGCAGAUAUCAACAGGGCCUGGGAGCGCCUGGAGAGGGCGGAGCACGAGCGAGAGCGCGUCCUGAGAGAUGAGCUGAUCAGACAGGAGAAGCUGGAGCAGAUGGCGAGAAGAUUCGACAGAAAGGCUGCCAUGAGGGAGACCUGGCUCCUGGAGAACCAGAGACUAGUGUCUCAGGAUAACUUUGGUUAUGACCUUCCAGCGGUGGAGGCGGCGAAGAAAAAACACGACGCCAUUGAGACGGACAUCGCCGCGUACGAGGAACGCGUUCAGGCCUUGGUGGACAUCUCGAAGGAGCUGGAGUCUGAGCGAUACCAUGACGCCAAACGCAUCGACGUGAGGAAAGACGCCAUCCUGCGCCUGUGGGACUACUUGCAGGAGCUGCUGAAGGCUCGGGGCGGGCGUCUGGAAAAGAACCUGACCCUGCAGAGGAUCUUCCAGGAGAUGCUGUACAUCAUCAGCUGGAUGGAUGACAUGAAGGCUCGACUUCUGUCUCCCGACUUUGGGAAACACUUGCUGGAAGUGGAGGACUUGUUACAGAAACAUGCUCUGUUAGAGAACGACAUCGCUCUGCAGGCAGAGAGAGUACAGAGCGCCAGUGCUGCUGCUCUCAAGUUCGCCAAUGGAGAUACCUACAAGCCAUGUGACCCCCAGGUGAUCCGUGACCGAGUACAGCACCUGGACUUGUGCUACCAGGAGCUUUGCGCCCUGGCGGCCCAGCGAAGAGCUCGCUUGGAGCAGUCCCGUCGUUUCUGGUACUUCCUGUGGGAGGUGACGGAGCUGGAGAGCUGGAUCAGAGAGAAGGAGCACAUCUUCUCCUCCCUGGAUUAUGGUAAGGACCUGACGAGCGUGCUGGUGCUGCAGAGCAAACACAGCGCCUUCGAGGAUGAGCUCGGAGCCCGCCGCGCCAACCUCGAACAGGUCUUGGCUGAAGGAGAAAAGAUGAUCCAGGCCAAGCACUUCGGUUCCCCGAAGGUCCAGGAAUGCAUGGACGACAUCACGAGGCAAUGGCAGCAGCUGGAGGAGCUGGCUGCAUUUCGGAAACAGAACCUCCAGGACACCCAGAGGUUCUUCCAGUUCCAGGGAGAUGCUGAUGAUCUCAAGGCCUGGUUAUUGGACGCCAAGAGGCAGAUGAGCAGCGAUGACGUGGGCCAUGAUGAGUACACCACCCAGCGGCUACUGAAGAAGCACAACAACCUGAGGAAUGAAACCAUCAAGAACGGAGCCACUAUAGACGCACUAUCCAAACAGGCCAACGCGCUGCCAGAAGAGCUACAAAACACCCCCGAUAUCCAGAGACGUCUGAAGGACAUCAAGGACCUUUACAUGGAGCUCAUGGCUCUGGCUGACCUGAGACAGAAGAGGUUGGAUGACACUAUGGCCCUGUACACCAUCUUCAGUGAGACAGACGCAUGUGAGCUCUGGAUGGGCCAGAAGGAGACGUGGUUGGUGGAUUUAGAGGUGCCUGACAAGCUGGAGGAUCUGGAAGUAGUACAGAAUAGGUUGAGCAUUCUAGCUCAAGAUAUGGCAAAUAUGCAGUCGAGAGUCGAUGAUGUCAACAAAGCUGUGAAACAGCUUGAGGACAGCAGACACCCUCGCACCAAAGAGGUCAAAGAAUGUCAGAUGCGACUGAAUAAGAGGUGGGAGGCCUUCAAGGCUAUGGUGGAAGAUAAGAAGAGGAAAGUGGAUUCUGCCGUUAGUCUACACAACUACGGGCUGGAGUGUGACGAGACGGACGCCUGGAUCAGAGACAAAACACGAGUGAUCGAGUCCACGCAGGACUUGGGCAACGACCUUGCAGCCGUCAUGACCAUCCAGAGGAAACUGUUUGGCAUGGAGAGAGAUUUAGCCGCGAUUGACACCAAGCUCACCUUCCUGAGGAAUGAGGCCGAUCAGCUGGCUCAAGACCACCCGGAGAACGCCGCAGACAUCCUGGCCCGCAGAAAGGAGCUCGAUGCGGCAUGGGACAUGCUAAAAAAGACCCUGAAAGACAGAGAGGACUCUUUGGGCGAGGUCAGCAAGUUGCAAACUUUCCUCCAGGACAUGGAUGACUUCCAGUCCUGGCUUUUCAAGAUCCAGAAGGCGGUGGCAUCCGAGGAAAUGCCCGCUACGCUGCCGGAGGCCGAGGAGCAGCUCAGCCUUCAUGACGCCGUGCGGGAAGACAUAAACAACCACGAGGAGGACUUUAUUCGCGUGAGGGACACCGGUGCCCAGGUCACACAGGGUCAGGAGGAUGAUCCUCAGUACCAGCAGCUGGAGCAGAGGCUGAAGGGGCUGGACCGUGGUUGGUAUGAACUGCAGAAGAUGUGGGACAGCCGCAAGAACUUCCUGGACCAGGGUCUGGGCUUCCAGCAGUUCAUGAGGGACGCCAAGGCUGUAGAGGCCAUCCUCAACAAUCAGGAGUACACCUUGGCCCACAUAGACAAGCCCGACACCUUGGCUGGAGCGGAGAAAGCUUUGAAGAAACAUGAAGACUUUGUGAGCACGAUGGAGGCCAACGAGGACAAGAUAGACGGCGCUCUGCAGGGCGGACAGCGGCUUGUGGACAGCAACAACCUGUACUCUGGGAAAGUUCAGGACAAGAUGGACUCAAUCCGAGACAGGCAUAACAAGAAUAAAGGAAGAGCACGGGAGGUGUCGGAAAAGCUCAAAGACAACCGAGACCUGCAGCACUUCCUGCAAAACACCCAGGAUCUCACUCUGUGGAUCAACGAGAAGAUGCUGACGGCUCAGGAUACGUCGUACGACGAGGCCAGGAACCUCCACAGCAAGUGGCUGAAACAUCAGGCCUUCAUGGCUGAGCUGGCCUCCAACAAGGACUGGCUCAACAAAAUAGACCAGGAGGGUCAGGAGCUCAUGGAGUCCAAGCCCGAGUUUGAGCCCAUUGUGAAGGAGCGUCUGGCCAAACUCCACGAGCUGUGGGACCAGCUGGAGUCCACGACUCAGGAGAAAGCCCGGCUGCUGUUCGACGCCAACCGCUCCGAGCUUUUCGACCAGAGCCUGACUGACAUAAGGAAGUGGCUCGGGAAGCUGCAGCAGGAGCUGCAGACCGGAGACGAGGACGUCAAAGACCUGACUAAUGCCAACAUCCUGCUCAAGAAGCAUCAGAUGACGGAGAAUCAGGUGCGUGACCGAGCGCGGGAGCUGGACGAGCUCCAGGAGGCCGUGAGGAAGCACGGCGGAGGCAGGGAGGACCAGCCGGAACUUGAGGCUGAGCAGCAGGCCCUGCAGCAGGACUUCCAGCAGCUCUUCACGCCGCUGGCCCAGCGCAAGGGCAAACUGGAGGCGGCCAAGGCUGUCCACCAGUUCUACAGAGACCUGGCCGACGAGCUUCUCUGGAUCGAGGAGAGGAUGCCCCUGGCAAUGUCACAGGAACACGGCCACAAUCUUCAAACUGUGCAAAUGCUGCAAAAGAAGAACCAGACACUGCAGAGGGAGAUCGAGGGCCACCAGCCUCGGAUCGACGAAGUACUAGAACGAGGGAGGAGGAUGGCGUACGCUGCCAGCGCGGAGGACAGGCCGGAGGCGGAGAGAAUCGUGGACCAGAUGAAGGAGCUGGAGGAGGCGUGGGCGCGGCUGCAGGAUGAGAUGGCCAAGCGCAGGGAGAGGCUGAACGGCUCCAGCCUGGCCCAGCAGUACUACAAUGACGCGGACGAGGCCGAGGCCUGGAUAGGGGAGCAGGAGCUUUACAUGAUCGCUGACGAAAAGGCCAAGGACGAGCAGAGCGCCAUGCUGAUGCUGAAGCGCCACAUGAUCCUCAAGGAGAACGUGGACGACUAUGCUGACUCCAUUCGGAAGCUGGCCGACCGUGCCCAAAAGAUGUUUGCUGAGGACCAUCCCGACGGCGAGGAGAUCAUCAGGCGUCAGGGACAAGUAGAUAAGCAGUACGCCGGGCUGAAGGAGCUGGCCGAGGACCGCAGGAAGAAGCUGGACCACACCUACCACCACUUCCUGCUGAGCCGAGAGGUGGAGGACCUGGAACACUGGAUCGCAGAGAGAGACACGACGGCUUCCUCUCAGGAGAUGGGCCAGGACCUGGACCACGUCACGCUUCUGAGGGAUAAGUUCAGAGAGUUUGCGCGGGAGACGGGGACGGUGGGUCAGGCGCGGGUGGACCUCGUCAACCAGACGAUAGACGAGCUGAUCGAAGCCGGUCACGCCGAGUCGGCCACCAUGGCAGAGUGGAAGGACACCAUCAAUGAGAGCUGGGCUGAUCUGCUGGAGCUCAUCGACACCCGCGCUCAGCUCCUCACAACAUCCUACGACCUGCUCAAGUACUUUGAUGACGGGAAGGAGCUCGUGGUUCAGAUCCACGACAAGCAGAAAGAGCUGCCUGAUGAUGUGGGAGAGGACUUCAGCAAAGCCGAGUCCUUCCACAGGAUGCACGCUGCCUUUGAGAGAGACAUCACCGCUCUAGGGAAACAGGUCCAACAGUUCCAGGACACAGCUUCACGCCUCCAUGCCCAGUAUGCAGGGAGCAAAGCGGAAAACAUCCUGGCCACGGAGAGAGAGGUGGUGGAAGCCUGGAAGGGCCUGCUGGAAGCCUGCGACGGCCGCAGGGCGCGACUGGUGGACACAGCUGAGAAGUUCCGCUUUUUCACCAUGGUGCGAGACCUGAUGGCCUGGAUGGAGAGCAUCAUCCAGCAGAUAGAGACUCAGGAGAAACCCAGGGACGUCUCAUCAGUGGAGCUCCUGCAGAAGUACCACCAGGGGAUCCGCUCAGAGAUUGAGGCCAGGGGAGCGAAAUUCACUGACUGCAUAGACCUCGGCAAGGCCCUGCUGACACGCAAGCACCGAGACUCUGCUGAGAUCAAGGAGAAGCUGGUGCAGCUGACGGAGAAAAGGAAGGAGAUGAUGUUCAAGUGGGACGACAGAUGGGACUGGCUCAGACUCUUGCUGGAGGUGUGUCAGUUUGCACGCGACGCUUCGGUGGCAGAGGCCUGGCUGAUCGCCCAGGAGCCCUACGUGACCAGUAAAGAUUUGGGCUACACGGUGGACGAGGUGGAGAAACUCAUCAAGAGGCACGAGGCCUUCGAGAAGUCCACCGCCACGUGGGAAGAGCGCUUCUCAGCACUGGAGCGCCUCACCACGCUGGAGUUGCUGGAGAUGAGGCAGUUCAUUAAAGACGAGCUGCGCUCAGAUAAAGACAGCAGGAGGGAAGACACCGGCUUUGUAGAGGAAUCUUCGCAAAUGUACACGAUCGAGGAACAGACUCUGUCUGGUUCUGGUGCAGUUGAGCCCAGUUCAGGUCUUCAGGAGGGGACGGCCGGUGAUUCCACGGUCCCCAUCGAGUCAGAAAUGAGAGAGAGCGGCUCUCUGGAGUUGGAUCCUUCUGUCUCAGUGAUGCCCCCUGACAAACCAGAGAGGUCUGCCACCCUUCCACUCGAGCCCACCAAAGCCCAGACCGUGCUGCUGGAGGGCGUGCUGGCUCGCAAACACGACAUGGAGGCCCCAGAUAAGAAGGCUAUGAAGAGGUCAUGGAACAACCUGUACUGCGUGCUGAAGCCGGGUCUGCUCUCAAUCUAUAAGGACGCCAAGAGUUACAGCCACAGCGUGAUGCAUCAGGAGCCGCUGUCUCUCGGUAACGCCAGCUGGGAGAUCCUCCCGACCUACAAGAAGAAGAAGCACGUCUGCAAACUACGUCUUGGAGACGGCAAUGAAUAUUUGUUCCAGUGUAAAGAUGACGAGGAGCUCCAGCGUUGGAGCCAAGCCAUGGAGAAGGCCGUUCAGCCCCUGGCUGCAGAGGAGGCGUCGGGGCCCUCAGGGGCCAAAGCCCACAGCCUGCCCGCUCCCUCCACCUCCUCCUCCUCCUCGGCUGCCCUCCCCGAGCCCAGCUCUGGCAAGAAAGACAAGAGAAAGAGAAAGUAGUAUUUGUGUACAAUCAGUCAGAGCGAGCUUUUUAUCACUAGAUUGAAUUUUUUUUAUAUUAUUUAGCGAGGAUUAACAUAAAUAUUGUAGCUUAGGUUAAAGCCAUCACUCUUUCGCCUGUAUUUUAGCCAGCGUAUCAUUGCAAAGGUCCACUCUUUUCUUUAGUUUCUUUUUAACAAAUGCCAAAUUCAAAGCAUUAAAUUAAAGCACAGGAAUGCUCCUUUCACACUCAACCAAAGAAUGUUUGUAAAACUUUUUCUUUUCUUACUUUCGCCGCAAUUUUUCCCGCUUCGGUACGGCAUGCUUUGAUAUAGCCAUGUACAAAUAUGAUAUGAAAGGCCUGUAAUGAACAUAAGGGUGACUCAAAGAGUACCACGGUGUACUUUUAUUUAUCUGCCUUAUAACAAUGGUUGUGAACUGUAAUACUGUGCUAUUUGAAUUUGGAAGCAGAGUGACUUUAACUUGGCUUUAUGGAGCUUUUGUAAAUGCGGUGUAAAGACUUGAGCAAACCGUAGUGCAGCGCUGUACAGUGCACACACACACACACACGCACCAAGUGAUAAUUGCAGGCAUGCAAACUAAAUGCUCUAUGCACUGUGAAGAGUUUGACUGUUGAGAUUUGAACUGAUGACGUAUGAGCGUAUGUCAUGAGACACCACGAAUCAGUCAGUUCUGAAUAUAGAUCUAGGUCCAGGUUGUGUUCUUAACUGGACUGUGGCAGUAGUUAUUUCUGUGAACUUGAAAUAUAUCCAACACUUGUGUAUUGAACCCUUUGAAUUUCAUAUCUAUUCAUUAACAUAUAUACAUAUACAGUUUAUAUAUCUACAGAUGCAUGAGGUAUGUUUUACGUUUAGUUUGAUAUGGUGCUAUUGUGAUAUUCUUGAACCUUCAAAUCAAGACCAACUUGACCUGCCUUAUUUGUCUUUAACUUUGGCUCGUAGAGACACACGUUGCAAAUAUAUUCUGUCAGCAUAUAUCUGAGGGGUGUUUCAUAAAGAGGGCUGCUCAGAGAAACAGGUCUUAUUUGGGGGGGAAAACACGACUUAAAAAACGAGCCAACAAACUGAAACUGGAAUUCAUACUGAAGAAAAUGGACCAGCGUGAAUUAAACAUGAGGUGGAAAAACCACUGCCACGAACAAACAAACAAAAAAACCUUUUUCAAAUGUAUGUAUAGAUUUAUAAGAUGCAAAAUAACUGCUUUGAAAUAUAAUUAUCUGGGGUCUUAUCAUAAGAUAAUUAGCAAUUUUUAAAAAGUAAACAUGCUGCUCAGGUCAAAAAUCUGACAUGUAAUCCAAACUGACUCGGAAGAAAGAAAACAAACUGUUUCAGUCUGGCAGAUUGAUUGUAACACCGGUUCAGAAGUCCAAGUCUGUGACAGAAACAUACGUCCCCACGGUGACUUCAAUCAGACCCCUUUAAACCUAAUUUCUGCAAAAAAAAUAAGCCCGGUUUAAUUUGUAAUCCGGCUUUAUGGAACACCCCUCCGCUCUCACAAACUAGAUUUAUUUGUUUACAAGAAAUGUUGAGUGUCAAAUCACAGCCAACCUGAAUUUAAACCAGGUGUUCUAACAUUAUUUAAAAAAAAAGUUUUUACAGUACUAGCCAAAGUCUAAGGACAAGCCGUGGGUCGGAUGAAUCUUGACUGCUUUUCCAAAACCACACAACAGGACCGGGCAACGCUCUCUCUCUAAAGGCGAGGAUCAUACAGUGGCAGUGUGGAGCUGAGGGAAUGUGUCUUCAAUAUGAAGGAAGCGAGAAUUUGGUACAUUUAAACAAUAAAGCCAUUAUAGAAUGACUUGAAAUUGAUACAUACAGGGAAUACAGAGUAUGUACAGUAUAUUGAACUGCGUUUAUAGAUGUUCAUUUAUCACACACACAUACACACACUCACCCACUGCCGUCUUGCCUUGUACUGUGGGCUCCGUCCCUGAACUACGAUCCAACUCAAGUGACCUCAAUAAAAAUAAAAAAGUUGGGUGUGGAAAGUUAAACAAGACUGCUCAGCUCAACAGAAGUGUGGUAGCAUCACGAUGAGCUUAUUUACAGAAAUCAAGCGUAUGAUCCUCUCGUAAGAAAGACAGAACGAGUACCACUAUUAGAAAACUGCAUCACGUGUAUUCAGUCUUGUUUUUUUAAAUCUACAGCAACUCAAGAUUCUGACACUUCCUUCACAUCCACUUUGUUCAGUCCUUCCACUCCUUUCCUACAGUACCUGCCUUUUCUGUUCAGUGGUUUUUAGAAAUCUGCAUUUUGUACUCUCUCUAGCUAUGUAAAAUAUCCAAAAAAAAUGUUGACAAGAAGUAUCAAAUUUUGAGAGAAUAAACUUUAAAAUAAACUCCUGAAACUAAAAAAA